CUGAGAUGUAAGCAGUUCUUUAUUAGGUUAACAGUACACCAAACAGCUCCCUCCCUUUCUUUCAAUACACUUUAUCUAUUUCUAUCUCUAUCUCUAUCUAUCUUCACCCUCCAUUCCCCACCAGAUCUCAACAUCUCCGACCACCAAUGGCUCCGCAUCAUGAGAAGGUAACGAAAAUGGUGCUGGAUGUUGACCUCAAGUGCUCCGACUGCUACAAGAAAGUUAAGAAAAUUCUCUGUAAAAUCCCUGAAAUAAGGGAUCAGGAAUAUGAUGUGGAAAAAAACAAGGUGAAGAUCACUGUCGUCUGUUGUAGCCCUGAAAAGAUCAGGGAUAAACUCUGUCACAAAGGUGGAAGCUCGAUUCAGAAGAUAGAAGUAGUUGUUGAAAAGCCCAAAGACUCCAAACCUUCAGAUAAAGAUAAACCCAAAGAUGCCGCCGGGAAGCCCAAAGCGGCAAAAGGAGACGCGCCGCCGCCGCAACCCAAAAAAUCUGAACCUAAACCGGAGGUGGCAAAAAUGGUGGUGGAGCCGGUUCAUGGGUAUCCACAAAUGUAUCCACCAAAUUACGCGGUGGUCGGAUAUGGAUACGAGGGUUAUGGUGGAAGCUAUCCGCCUCCGGCGCCACCACAACCAUCUGGAUACGGGUAUGGGCAUGGGUACGGAUAUGGGCAUGGGCAUGGACAUGGAUAUGAUCAUGGGUAUAAUGGGAUUGCAAGUCGUCAUGAUUAUUUUAGUGAAGAAAAUCCACAAGGAUGCUCCGUAAUGUAAAGUGGUUAUUGAUUAUUGAUUCCAUUUCAUAUCUUGAAACAUAACAUGAAAAUCAUCGAUAUUAGGUGGGUAAUUACUAAUUAGUGUUGAAAGUAGAUAUAUUAUUAUUGUUAUUAUUUCUUUGGUAUUGUAACAAAACUAAUUGAAUAUGUAUUUUUUGGGUGGAAAUUUGUUUAAUGUCAAAUGGAUUUUAUUAUUA